AUGAAAGGUUUGGCAACCCGCACGCCAACCAUGGAUUUUCCAGCAGUUUAUGGACCUACGGUUGUAAAGUCCAGUAAGAAGUCGGUACUGCUUGAUCUGUUUCACAUUUUGUUCUCCAGAAAUUUGGAGGAAAAGAAGUUUGUAGAUUGCCCGGAGGGCACUGUCACUGAAGAGAUCAGCUUCAGGCGCAGAUGGCUCAUAUUUGUUUCCAUCUUGGCUCAAAAAUUUCUGCAACUUUUGUCAAAGCCACUCUCAGUUAUCGGAUCCGGGAUCGAGAUGUGUUUGAACCUUGUAUCCGUCAACCGCAAUGUUUUUAUGCUCGUGAUCAACUUCUUCCGAGGGGUUGUGGUAAAGACAGAUAAGACAUCUGCAACAUUCUUGUCAUUUAUAGGAAACUUUGACAAGAGGGUGGAGUUGGAUAGCACCAUUAAACAUGAUGAUGCCAAGUACCAUGCAACUCUCUCUAUGAUGGCUUCUAAAGCAUCCUAUGAGAAUAAUGCCUCCAUUGAAUCUACUGUUAGGGAUCAUUGGAAGAUGGAGUUCUUGGGAUCUUUCGACUUCUGGAAUGAUUAUCAACAAAAAGCCACCACACAAGCCUUCAUGCUUCGGGAUAAGUCUUCUGACCAUGACACUCUUAUGGUGGCCUUCAGAGGAACCGAACCAUUUGAUGCAGAUGCAUGGUGCUCCGACUUUGAUAUCUCUUGGUAUGAGCUUUCAGGGGUCGGAAAAAUUCAUGGCGGCUUUAUGAAAGCUUUAGGGUUACGAAAGAAUGUUGGUUGGCCUAAGGAAACCAAACAAGAAGAUGGUCAUCCAGACUUGGCUUACUAUGCAAUUAGGGAUAUGCUUAACAAGCUUUUGAGGCAAAAUGAUCAAGCUAGAUACAUAUUGACAGGGCAUAGUUUGGGAGGGGCAUUAGCAAUAUUGUUUCCAGCAGUUUUGGCUCUUCACAAUGAGCCAUGGUUAUUGGAGAGAUUGCAAGGGGUAUAUACUUUUGGACAACCGAGGGUUGGAGAUGAGAAGUUUGGUGAGUUCAUGGAGGAAAAGUUGCAAGAACAUAAUGUUCGAUAUUAUAGAUUUGUUUAUGGUAAUGAUAUGGUUCCCAGGUUGCCUUAUGAUGACAAAGCCUUGAUGUUCAAGCACUUUGGGACAUGCCUCUACUACAAUAGGCACUAUAAAGUGAAGGUUGUGGAACAUGAACCUAAUAAAAACUACUUCUCACCACUAGGGGCAAUACCAAUGAUAAUAAACGCAUUUUUCGAGCUAAUUAGAAGCUUCACCAUUGCAAAAGCAAAGGGGCCAGACUAUAAGGAAGGUACAUUUCUAAGAAUUUUCAGAAUAAUUGGCCUGGUCUUUCCUGGGGUUCCAGCUCAUAGCACUCAAGAUUAUGUGAAUGCGACCAGGUUGGGGUCCUCGGACGUAUUCCUCCUACCAAAGGACACUUCAUCCCAUGAGGAUGUAUAA